CGAGGAGUUCAAGAUCGUAAGUCUUAGCAAAAAUCAAAAACUUCAGGGGGGUAAAACGAAAUCUUUCCAAUCUAUUUAAUGGUCUGCCUGUCGCUGUUCAGUCAUUCCACCCCAGAGGGAACGGAUAUCCCUCCCAAACCCCCCUUUACGCCAAAACCCUAAUGACCAUGGCCGAGACCAGUGAAGAGGCCGAAUCCCAAACCCUAGAAGGAUCCAUCCCCAGUCCUCUGCUUCCCUCGAAGCGCAAGCCUGAUGCCGAAUUCCCUGAGGAAGGAGAGGGGGAGCCGGAGAAGAAGCUGAAGCAUCAGAAGCCGGAGAUCGCAUCUGGCCCUGUUCCGCAACCCCAAGAUGCAGCCAACAGUGAAGACGGACAGAAUGAGGAAACGAUGGCUGACCCUAAUGGGGCCGUCAAGAGGAAGGGUGCGCUAACGGCGGUGGACAAAGGGAAAGGAAUACUGGUGGAGGAAGAGGAGGAAGAGGACGACGACAGCGAUGGCAGAGAUGAAAGCAGCGGCGGAGAUAGUGACGACGCGGUUGGAGGGGAGGAGGGUGAUGACAGCGAUUUCGUGGAUGAUCCACUGGCAGAGAUCGAUCUUGAUAACAUCCUUCCUUCGAGGACGCGUCGGCGGGAACCUCCUCCUCCAGGGUCUUAUUUCGACCCCGAUCAGGGUGGAGAUGAUAGUGAUGACAGCGAAUGAGGUGUAAUGCGGCUUUAAAGAGGGAAGUAGAAGUUGGCGGAUAAGAUCGUGUAACAGCCAGUUGUUCAUUCCCUUUAGAAUUGUGAUGUUUGCAGCUCACCAGUGACAAUCAACACUGUUGAUUUGUUUGUCAUUUCCCUUAGCUUUUCUCAUCCUAUGCAUUUUAGUAUUAGGUGCAAUAUAUUUUUUCUCUUAUCAUUUUCUACGGAUUGAUUAAUAGCAAUCAACACGCUAGAGUGGCAGUUAUACCUCUGUGUUUGCUAUUUUCCAGGGUAUAGAUAAAAUUCCAUCAAAUCCGGUUAUAUAAAAAUCUAGUUUGAACUCGACUA